GACCUCAUUGUGUUGUCCGUCGACCACAACACCUCUUAUGAUGUCAUUUACAGUUCAAACCAUCUGAACAUCACUUUUGAGCACAAAUUGUCUCAAUUGAGUGAAUGGAUCGACACAUUAGGCGAAGAAUCGGCUAAAGCACAACUCCUGAAACAGUCGAUCACUUCAUACAAUAAACUGAUUGAUGAGCGAAAUGACGACAAAAUCUAUUUAUUGCUAAAAGUGGACCAAAAUGUCAGUAACUGUUCGGCCGUUGGGUUCGUGCGGUUGGGCGCAAGAAAUCUGUGGUUUAGCGACAAAUCCAAUACAAACUUAACUCAGUUUCAGAACUGCUUCUGUAUAUUAGAUUUCUAUAUCCGAGACCAACGACAAGGUUUGGGAUUCGUAUUGAUCUCAUCGGUGAUGAGGUCGGUGUCCACAUCGGCCGCACAGUUCGCAUACGACAGGCCCACCGAAGCGAUGCUGGCCUUCCUCCGCAAACACUUUGGUCUGAGGCAAGCGCUGCCACAACACAACCAUUUCGUCAUUUUUGACGACUUUUUUACUCAUAAUAACUAUUAAUUUGUUUAAUUUUUUUAUAAAUUUAAUACACUUUCGGUUAUCAAUACUAAUCAUUAACUCAAAUAUAUUUUUAUGAAUUCAAGUCAAUUUGGUUUCAAUCAAAACUACUUAUGGUUAGAAAUGCAAUAUUCGUGAC